GGAUACUCCGCUGUACUCCUUACAAAGUUUCAAAGUGGUUAUGCAAAUGCAAGACAGGUACUUUCGGGUCACCCACGCUUUGGUGCGCGGCCUUGCUGGGACAUUUGAGGACGCACUAGCGCUAGAGCCCCCACCUGAGCCUAUCAUUGUAACCCUAGCUAGCGAGCAGCAUAACCAGUACACCGCACUGCUUCGAUCGUUAGUACCAAAGGUCGUCGAAAUCUCCGCCGAUGAUAGCUGCCCUGACUGCGUCUUCAUUGAAGAUACAGCACUGGUUAUCAAUGAUCAGCACGCAAUCAUUACCCGGCCAGGUGCUCCGAGCCGACAGCCCGAGCCGGGUCCGGUAGCAACUGCCCUGCAAUCGCUCGGCUUUCCCCGUGUUGACUACCUGCAGCCGCCUGCUACCCUGGACGGCGGUGAUGUCCUAAUCCUGCCCUGGGCGGUCCUCGCGGCCACCAGCGGCAGGACCAACGAGGAGGGGCUACGGCAGCUGCAGCAGCUAGCGCAGCAAGCGGGCGGCCCUCCGGUCUACGGUUUCUCAGUAGCAGAAGCGGCCAAGGCGGCUGCUGCUGCAGAGGCGGCGGCAGCGGCAGUGUUGAAGCAGG